GAUUCUUUUCUUGCCAGUUUUGUAGCGCCAAGUCAAAGAUUUUGGGUGGUCGAGCGAACGGGCUUGAGCAAACGGUACAUCAGUUGUGUGGUUCUCGGGUGUAUGCACAUUUAAGGAGGAAGAUUUUCGUUUCCCCAGCGCGCUGUAUUGUAGUAGUUUGUGGUGGAAUAGCUGUGGGUUAGAAAAAUAUGAAACCUUUCCCGUUGCGGUAUGUGCGAGCGACUACUCCAUAUUUGUUCCUCGUACGCUCAGGUUCGACGGUACGGUCAUUAGUUUAGCCGUGACGAAAAGGAAGUUAUCGUUAAAAGAGAAAAGCUGUGCGCGGGGUACUUGUGCUAGUGGUGUGUUCAGUGGUAUGUGCAGUAGUACAGUGCGUUAAAUCUCGUACACAAAAUCAAUGGUUUUGUCGACUAUCGAAUACGGCACGCGGUGAUGGGGUGCUGUGGAGCGUAACGGGCCCCGAAAAUGCUAGCAAGAUAAGCAUGCCGUUGGCUGGUCUAGUUCUUCUCUCCUCGCCGCAAGUUGCUGUGAACCGCCCUUGCUCGUGUCGCCAUUCCACCAUUCCGCCAUUCCGCUACACAAUUGACAAGCAGUUUUCGUGUGCCAGUGUUUGAAUGAAGCGAUGAGCGGAGAAAAUAUAGCUGCCGUACAGAAGUGAACAGAAAGUGGCUGCCGACCGCCAUUCGAUGGGAUGAAGUGUUGAUAGAGGGCCGAGCUAAUUUCCAACAACCUACUGCUGGUUGGUGCACGUCGGCUGUGUUCCAAUACUACUUCCUUGCCGUGCGACAGUUUCACUAGCCCCGAACUAAGUGAUUUGUUUCUCCGUCAUUUUGAGUCGGUUCUGCGGCAUCGGGCACAAGGGUUUGUUAAGGUAAUUCACCGUGAUUCGCUUCAACCUGAAUCAACACCCAUACGUAAAAAAGCAAAAAGCCCAAGCAUAGCCAAUUCUAAAGCUGCAGAACACAAUCUAGACCGCGAUCCGUUCGCGGCAUAUUAUGUCUCGCGAAGUCUACAGCACAGGUCAAGCAAAUCCAAGCACUACCGGUACUAGAAGCCCUGGUCGACCAACGAGACGAUUAACUGAACUGCCGACUGUUGACAAGUCGCCCUCACGAGACUACGGCGGAAUCCGAGGAAGACCUUUAGCCAUGGGUAGUCCAUAUUAUCGGGAUAUGGACGAGCCCAUCAGCCCUGCUGGUGGUCACCAUCGCAGCAGAAGCGCGACUCGAGCUCCCACGCACUCGUUGGAGUAUCCACGCGAGCAAUUAAGAACUCGAUACCAAUCUUUGGACAGGGGUCUCGUCGAUCCCCACGAUCGAGAAUUCAUACCCAUACGGGAGCCACGUGAUCGUUCCCGCGACAGAUCACUGGAGAGGGGACUCUAUCUAGAGGAGGAACUCUAUGGUCGACCACCAAGACAAGCAAUGCCGGAGCGAGGAUAUUUAGGGGAUUUGCAGGUACAAAAUGGCGAGUUGCAACGAGAACUGGGCAACUUAAAAAAAGAGCUCGAGCUUACCAAUCAAAAGCUCGGAAGCUCGAUGCACAGCAUCAAAACAUUCUGGUCGCCCGAGUUGAAGAAGGAACGAGCUCUUCGGAAAGAGGAAAGCGCUAAGUACAGCCUGAUCAACGAUCAGCUGAAGUUGCUGAACAGCGAAAACCAGAAACAAGCAAUGUUGGUGCGGCAACUGGAAGAGGAGUUGAGAUUACGCAUGAGGGCACCAAACAUCGAAAUGCAGCAGCAGAUGGAAGCCCUGUACGCAGAGAACGAACAUCUGCAAAGGGAGAUUUCAAUAUUACGCGAUACCAUUAAGGAACUGGAGCUGCGAAUAGAAACUCAAAAACAAACGCUUCAAGCAAGAGACGAAAGCAUAAAAAAGUUAUUAGAAAUGUUACAAAGCAAAGGCAUGGGCAAGGAAGAAGAACGGCAGAUGUUCCAACAAAUGCAAGCUCUCGCUCAGAAACAGCUGGAUGAUUUUCGCCUGGAAAUCACGCGCCGCGAUCAAGAGAUAAUGGCAAUGGCUGCCAAAAUGAAGACGCUUGAAGAGCAGCAUCAGGAUUAUCAGCGUCACAUUGCUGUACUCAAGGAAUCUCUAUGCGCUAAAGAAGAACAUUAUAACAUGCUACAAUCAGAUGUUGAAGAGCUACGCAAUCGAUUAGAAGAGAAAAAUCGUAUGAUCGAGAAGAAACAACAAGGUACAAUGCACACAGUUCAGGAAAAGAAUCGUCUACAAACGGAACUUACUGAACUGAAAGAACAUAUGGACAUAAAAGACAGGAAGAUUAACGUUCUUCAAAGAAAGAUUGACAAUUUGGAAGAUUUGCUGAAGGAGAAGGAUAACCAAGUUGAUAUGGCACGGGCAAGGCUCAGCGCAAUGCAGGCACACCAUUGCAGCUCGGAAGGAGCGUUGACUAGUUUGGAAGAAGCGAUCGGAGAUAAGGAAAAGCAGAUGCAGCAGCUGCGCGAUCAGCGCGAUCGAGCCGAAGCUGAGAAAAAGGAAGAACGAGAGCUACACGAACGUGAACUCGCGGAGUUCAAGAUGAAGCUUCACUCUUUGGAUAGCGAGGUGGAGAAGCUAACAACUCGUCUGCAUAGAGCUCUUGCUGAAAAGGAUCGUUUGGAAGCGAAACUCGAGAGUUCGCAGAGUGAGCUAGGAAAAUCCAAGGCAGAGCUUGAACAUAAGACGGCAAGCGACGUGGGUCGCAGUGGAGCCGAUUGGGAACAUGCUAAGCAGCGAUUGUCACGAUUAGAAUUGGAAAAUGAACGUCUCCGAGCCGAGCUGGAACGGUCACAGACCACGUUUGGCAGAUCCACCCUAAGCACAUCACAAGAACUGGACCGUGCUCAGGAACGGGCAGAUAAAACUACGAACGAGUUGCGCCGCACGCAAGCCGAGCUACGAGUGACACAAACCGACGCCGAACGAUCAAGAGCGGAAGCGGCCGCCUUGCAAGAAAAAUUAGAGAAGAGUCAAGGCGAGGUCUAUAGACUAAAGGCUAAGCUUGAAAACGCACAAGGUGAACAGGAAAGCUUGAAACAGGAAAUGGAAAGAGGCCAGGCCGGUAUACAACGAAUUGUUAGUGAAAGAGAUAAGGCGUACACAGAGCUGGAAAAAAUUCGCGAAGAACUCGAACGUACUCAGGCCACACUCGGGAAGUCACAGCUCACUCAAGAGAAGUUGCAAAACUCGUUGGACAAAGCACAAAACGAAAUUGACCAUCUACAAGAGAAGCUGGACAAGAGUGGCGGAGAAACCCGCAGGUUACAACUCGAGAAAGAAAAGAUUAACUAUGAGUUUGAGAACAUUCAAUCGCAGCUGGAUAAAUCUUUGGGACAGGCUUCGCGAAUCCAAAAAGAGAAAGAAGCCGCACAGAUGGAUCUCGACCGAUACCGGGACAAGGCCGACAAACUGCAGUCAUCGCUUGCCCGUUUGCAAAAGGAGCGCGAUGUGCUUUGCGAUGAGUUAGAGAAAUUGAAGGAGAAAUCGGAGUCGACCCAAAGUUCUGCCCUUAAAUAUCAGCGUGAGCGCGAUGCAAUUCAGACGGAGCUGGAGGUGGUCAAGGAACGAUGGGAAAAAGCGCAUCAGAUCCACCAAAAGCUGCAAAUGGAGCGAGACGAUGCCGUUACAGAGAUCGAUAUAUUGAAGGAAAAGCUGGACAAGGCACUGUAUGCCAGCCAGAAGCUGAUCGAUGAAAAAGAAACAUCUACUAAAGAAUUUGAGAAAAUGCUGGAGAAGUACGAUCGGGCUCAAAAUGAAAUCUACCGGUUGCAGUCACGCGUCGACACGGCCGAAGCUGAUCGCAACCGUUUAGAGGUGGAAGCAGAACGUUCCGCACUGGCGGCAUCCAAGGCACGCGAGGACCUGCGUAAAAUGCAAGAAGAAACAACACGCCUUCAAGAAGCUUGCGACCGUGCCGCAAUGCAGCUAGGCCGCUCGAAGGAGCUCGAGGACAAGGCCAAGGAAGAUGUGGACAUGAUUCGAGAGAGGCUGGAUAAAUGUCAGACAGAUUUGCGACGGGCUCAAUCGGAGAAAGAAAAUCAACAAGCCGAGCUGGAACGCUUAACAUACGAGCUGGAUCGUUCUCAUAACCUGUACACUAAGCAAACUGCCUCGCUUGACUCGGCUCAGGAAGAAAUUGCAAGGUAUGGACUCGAGGUCGAAAAGAUGCGCGAGCGUUACGAAAAAACGGCGGCUGAAUUGCGACGGUUACAGGAGAAUGAAUCGUUCUCGCGCGAAGCCCGCCGAAUGAAGGACGAAAAUGAUCGGUUGCGCGAAAAGUACGACAAGGUCAUAGUGGAAUUAGAGAACUUCCGUGGCAAAUCCCAGUAUGAGCAGGAAACAUUCGACAAGAUGAAAGAGAAGUUUGAGGCACGAGAAAAUGAAUACCAAACGAUGGAGCUUAAACUGCACGAAACCAGUCUGCAGCUCGAUUUGGCCAGGGCUGAAGUUACCAAGCUGAUCUCUAACCAGGACAAACAGCGCGCCGAUGCUGAACGAGCCCACAUUGAGUACGAAAAGAUCCGAGACAAGCAUGAGAAACUCAUCAAAGAAAUGGAACGGCUUCGGCAGAAUCCACAGUCUGCCAUCAGUCCUGGUGCAUUAGCCGCUGCCAGUACUGUAAGCUUAGCUGACAAAAAUGAAGUGGAGCGUCUGCGUGAGCGAUUAGAGAAGGCGCUGCAGAGCCGUGACGCCACAGAGAUGGAGGCAGGGCGUUUGGCAAAGGAGCUCGAGAAGGCACAACUGCAUCUGACCAAACAGCAGGAAGUGUACGAAGCGACGCGCAUCGAGUUCGAGCGUAUGUCUGCUGAGCUGACACGCGUGCUCGAGCUGCUUGAAAAAUCCGAAGCCGAAAAGGAAACACUUCGCCAGUCGACUAAGAUCUACGAAAAGCAUCAUCAGCAGCACGCAAGCAACCACCAUGUUGAGCAGAGUCUGAUGAAACUCGAGGCCGACAAUAAGCAGCUGAUGGCCGAGCGCGACCAACUAGUAAUGCAGCUGGAAAAGAGUCAAGAUAUGCUAAUGAGCUUCCAGCAGGAGCUUAACGCGGCCGAACUGGAACUACAGCGACAGUGCGAAGAAAACCGUCGGCUUAAGAGCUCACCUCAGCAGCCAGGCGCUGCUGCACCUCCUCCUCAACAGCAGACCCAGGCUACGGCUCAGGAAAUACAGAACUAUAAGAAAGAAAUCACCAAACUGAAACAAAUGCUGCAGGAAACGGGAGCACGUGGUGAUAAUGAGCUCGAACAGUGGCGUAAAGUUGUUGAACAGGAGAAGAACCGCGCAGAUCAAGCAGAAAAGGCGGCGAUUGAGUUGCAAAAGCGGAUGCAGGUAAUGGAACAACAAUUAAAACAACAACUCCUACAAAUGACCAAUAUGCAGAAACAAUUGCAACAGCAAUCAACACAACAACAGCAGCAGCAGCAACAACAACAACAAUCGCCGUCAAACAAAAAGGAACUCGAAAAGCUACAAGAGGAGCUUAAGGCAGCCGUCACCCAUCGAGAUCAGUUCCAAAACCAGCUAGAGCUUUUGGUGCAAGAACUUGAAAAGAGCCAGACCGAAGCGCUGGAUGCUACGAAAAAGACUCAACAGCAGCAGCAGCAGGUUGGUCAACUCCAGCAACAGAUUCAACAAUUGCAGCAGCAAUUGCAACAAGCAACACAGGCAGCUAAUCAAAAGGUAGCCCAAAAUGCAAAUGUAAGUGAAGCAGAGCGUAAGCAGCUGGAAGCACAAAUGAAACAAAUUGAAGACGCGACCCGGCUCCUAGAAAGUGAAAGAAAAACAUUCGAAGAUCAGCGCAAAGCUAUUGAAAACAAGCGCAAAGAGCUGGAGGAUAAGGAAAAGAAUCUCAUCGAGUUUGAUAAGCAGCUUAAAAAACGCAAAGAACAAAUGGACCAACUAGAGAAAUCACUACAAAAGGCCGGCGGAACUGCUGCUGCUGCUGGAGAAUUGAACAAACAGUUAACAGAAGCCCAUCAAAUGUUGGACAAAGCAUCAAAGGAACUGGAAGAUGCAAAGGAGGAAGCCAAACGAUCAGCUGCCGAAACAGAACGACUUUUACAGUUGGUGCAAAUGACACAAGAAGAACAAAAUCAGAAGGAGAAAACAAUUAUGGAUUUGCAGCAAGCCUUAAAAAAUGCUCAAGCAAAGUUAAAAACAGCACAAGCACAGCCACAGGAUGCGGGACCAGCAGGAUUCCUCAAGAGCUUCUUCUAAGAAAGGUUUCCCUUUCUGGUUCUGCGAUUGGUGUAUUUUAGUUCAUUAUAAUCCACCUAUUAAACGUAUUUGGAUGGCAUCACAUGUUAAAAAAGUAACAAUAUCGUCAAAGAGAGUACAACUACCGGUAGUCAUUCCGUUUAGAGUAUGCUGAAUAAUUCAGGGUCAGUGUCCGUGCUAGCAACGUCACCCAAAUGCAACGAAUCGUCUUGCAAGGGUGUGAUGAGUGUUUGCUUGUUAUAUUGUAUUACACAUGACUUACGAACACGCAGUAAGAUUGUACAGUAACGGAACAAGGGAUACAAUCAGAAGAGCAUAAUAUUUUUCGUUAUUUAUACGCGUCACGGACGCUAGCAAGUUAUUGCGAUGGUCGUUGGCAUUUGUUCUAUACAUCGUUUACCUAAUGGUUAAUUUCAAAGGCAAAUCCUAAAUAGUGCAUAUGUCCUCAACACGAAAAUUACCAAAAUAAUAGAAAUUGCUUUAAUGCGAUGCAGUCACUAGCCAGCGAUCAAUCUUUAUUAUAAGCAAUAAUCUUAAAUGUCCUGUACAGCAGCAAACAUCAGCCAAAUGGAGAAACGACUAAACUAAACGAGCGAAGAAAAAAAGUUACCCCGUGGCAACCAUUCGCUACAGGAGAUGUUUAGUAGAGCAUAUGAAUAUCUGCUGCCAUUGACUAUUAGUUUAAAAAAAAUUUAAAAGUAAGAGUUUGAAAUCUUCACAACAAUUCUGUCAGCACCACCCUCCAUUAUGUUUCAUUACGGAAAGUCUAGUACGCACGGGCAAUGAAGAUUUUGUUUAAAUAUCACUCACACGCCUUGUGCCAAGCAGUGGAAGCGUCCAAACGGCUUGGCACAAGGGGGGGUUUUACUGGAUAAGAAUCCCUUCCAUCCCGUGGAGCCAACCGCUUUUGAGACACUCCUAGGGAGUCAAAGAAGAUUUCCCCCCGUGUAUGAACAAAAAACCCAUACCGACACACAGUGAAUUAAGUAUUUGGUUUGAGAUUUAGAGAUUGUGCUAAUCGCACUCUAAAAGCCAGAACAAGUAUCACCUUCGAAUGAAACAGUAUUUAAUUUGUUGAUAUUAUAAUAGGAUGAUAAAAAAAACUUGACAGUAACAAAAUCAUAAGCGACCAGUUCUGAGCCACCGUAAACCGUUGGAUACGUAGUGCCAACGCGCACCGUACAUGCCAGUAAAAUACAAACCAAUCAGUUAUAUAGAAUUUAUGCACCUGUGCAUUGAACGAUACAUUGAAUAAGUAACAACGCAUGUGAGCAACAAAUACACACACGCAAUAGACAAUAAUAGGAUUCAAAGGCAAGUGUGUAAUCGUUAUUCGAACCGAAUGGCAGAUGUUCGUAUUCAUCAACCCAGCGAGAAUGUGUGUAGCGUAAUCACACUUUAAUUUCGUCCACUUCACUCCCUUACGGCACACGUACGAACUAUACGUUAAGCUUGACUAGAUAAGCAGGACCAAGUCGUUAGUAGGUCCUGCUGAGCACUGCCGUAUCAAACUAACCUAUGCGCUUUGUUUAUUGCUGAACUAACGCAUCACGUUUUCAGCAUAAAUGUUGUCACCAUACAUGUGUUACUCCACUUUCUAUAAAUUGCUAUCAUUUACUGCACCACAUUUGCCACUUUCUUGGCUGUUGCACAUGUUUGCUUAUAAAAGUUCCAACAAAACCAUGCUGAGAAUACAAGAAUGUGUAAGGACGACGCUACCUUGAGUAGAGCAACCUCGAGCUGUCUUGGCCUGCCAUUUCUGGCUUCCUUAAUUUUACUAUACGCAUAGCUCAAUAUCAUCCGUCCGGCGUACGGGGACGGACCGGAUGAGCUUCGAUGAAGGGUCCUGGCUUGUGAAAUACCGGCGUCGGACACCUUGUGAAUGCGUUAAGUGUUUUAAUUUGGCUGCUGUUUAACUCGAACGAUGUUCAAAGUGAAUUCGAGUAAUUAGCUUAUUAUUUCACCGGUAAAACUGGCACUGUUUCUUCGUGUGCUUAGAAUAUUGAUGAUAUGAUCAGCUAAUAACUGAAGCUUUAACAUUGCAGAUAUAAUAUAUACAUAGCAUUGUUUUGUAUAGAUGAGGUAACACAACAAAAUCGCAUAUUUCAAUAGGACCAAUAAUUUGGAGUUAUUGCCGUUGAUACAUAGAUUAAGUCAUUAAGUAAACGUAAAAGCAAAUGUAAUAACAAGUUAAAACAUAAAAAAGAUGAAAUUAUCGCACCUUACACAUUAACCAGUGAUGUGGUCGUACCAAUAAUUUCAUUUAUGAGUUUACAAACAUUUGAACAAUAGACAGACAUCGACAUUUCAAAAUUUUCACGCUUAUUCAGGGUAAAUUUAUUCUGUGUCUUUGCUCUGUUUUUCUUCUGUUGCACGCACUUCUACCUAUUUGAAACAUUUGCAUUGUAUCGUACACAUCAGGUAUGUCAAACUCAUUUCACUUUGAUGGGAUUUAAUGAAAUAAACAUUAAGUCGUUAGUAAAUAAGAUAACUGGGUAGAACAUCUCUAGUUCCAGUACUCACAAUUGCGUGUGAGAUGAGCACUCCGUCUAAAGCUGACGACAUUCUCUUAGCUGCGUUCGAGAAGAAAAUGAUCACCAGAACAUUUGGAAUUAGACAUUGAAAAGGAUACAAUGAGUCCAGGCUUCGAUGGGUUGGACGUGUCUUGCGAAUGACACCGGGGGACCCAGCGCUUAAAAGCAUAUAAGGUCGUCCACAUGGACAUUGAGAUGAAGUGAUUGCGUCUAUGCAUCCGUCUUAAAGACCGGAAUGGGCAGACAACGGCGCUCGACCAUAAGGCCAAGAUCGUGGGGCGGUUGUAACGUCGAAGAAGUAAGUAAAUAAGACAACCAUGGCGUAGAAGCAUCAAACCGAAUGCAGGAAUCGAUCCAAAAAGGAUUGAAGUUCGUGAACUAGAAGCAUUAUAGGUUCCCGCUCUAUCGAGUUAUUUCUGGCGUCGAGUUUUUGCUUUCAUGCAGCUGUUUGAUGGAAAAGAAAGCGUGUCACUUAAACUAACUCUUGCUGAACUGCCAGUUUGACAUACCUGGUAUACAAUAGCAAUAGCAAAUCGUAAUGGAGCGAAUCAUAAGUAAACUUCAAAUCGCACACCACUUUGUCCAGAAAGAUGCAUGCUAGCGAGAACAUGUACAUUUAACAAUUAAAAUCUGUAAAUCGUUAUUCAUUGAUCUGUCAGCACAUUAGAACCAUGAUUGAAUUCGAGCGCAAUGUGUGCUAAUGUUCGCAGUUUCGAAAACAGGUGUAGAGUAAGCAAAUUUAAAUUAAACAUUUUUGGCGUUUAGUUUAGCACAUUGUCUAUCAAACGGUUUGAAUGAUAAAGUGUAUAAUUUCUCGUAGCGAGUGUAACAGCGUUACCGGCUGCAAAUUAAACAAUUGAUCAAACGAUAACAAGCAUUGAAACGCUUGCCAUUCCGAAUCUACUUAUCCUUCAGGUCUACUGAGCAUACCCCAAUUCUUUUCGACUGAUUCGAACCUAAGUCAUUCUCUAUCACUGGUAAAACUUUAUUGAUCACUUAAACGAUUCAUUAAAUUACUAUUAUUUUUAGUUUAAUUCGUUUUUUUUUUGCUGAACAAAUUUUUAUUGCCAUGCUUGUACAGGCAGUGCGUUAGAUGAAUUAGUUUUUCGAUGUAUUUUCAAGUGCCUUAAUGGAGAUAUUUGUUUUUUUCAUUUUCGUAAUCUUUACUGUCCUUUAACCCUUUUUCUUGUCUGGAUAACGCAAUCGUUCGUACGGAAAUUCAAAUUCAAUAUUGUGCUUUUAAUUUUGAUUUUCUGGAACAUUGUCAUUUGCUAUGUCCCCAAUUCUUAGCUCAUACCGCUAACACACAAUUUGAUGGUGUAGUUACAACUCUAUCACUAACUAUUAACUAUAAGCUAAAUAUCAAACACAGUACGUCGAAAUUACAAAAUGAAACCACCUUACAAGUAGAAUGUUAUUCGCAUUGCUCGUCUUAGUUCAAGUCGGUUCGCAUCGUCUACUGUCUAAGGCUGAAUGCCUAAGAACAGUAUGCUACGUAUAUUGACAUACAGUUCAGGUCCUGAACGAAAGGACAUUCCUCCUAGGAAUGGAACUUGCUGUUGAGUCGUCCAUCCGCUGUAAUGCGAUGGGAUUAGCUCGAAAAACCAUUGAAAUCAUAGGUUAUUUAUAUCGCGGAUGAAAAAUCAUUCCCUUUUAAAAUGUCAUCAAUUUCGUAUGGUUUAAAACAAAUAUCACGUGCAACGACAAUCACAUCAGUUGCUAUUUUACUUACAAAUAGUUUUUCACCAUUCGGUAGAAAUCGAACAGAUUUUCAGAUAUUAUUUUGUCCCACGUGCAGCGCAGUACCGAAACAAUGGCAGUGUGUAGCGAAACAGAGACAAAGAUUUUUAAACUUAUUACCAGUCAAGCUGUGAUGUUGCUGCAAACAUUUUUGAAUUGUUCUAUCGAUUUUCCUUGUUUUUCUGAAUGAUCGCACACCUCAAUUCAUUAAAUAGUUGGAAUAUAUCGCAAAGUAUACAAUUGUAUUAGGGAGUGUUAAUUUUACGAACAGUAAAGACGAUCUUCUCCAGCGAACCGUUUAUAGAUCAAUAUCAUUCCCAGAGUUGUAAGGAGCUGGUCUCCUGGAUAUUGAAAAUUUACUUCUAGAAGCUGUACAAUUAGGAGUUGACCUUGUAAAAAGAUCAUCAUUUGAAUUGUAUUGUGUUAGUGAUUUGACACCUGUUUGCAUUUAUUUGUAGUAUAAUUUCUUCAAUACCGACGUAAUCACGAACCAUUUAUCGCCCAGAUUCACUUGGGAAACGUUGGUCGAACGAUUGUUUUCGUAUUUUUAGGUUGCAAGCGAAAGGCAUGUCGAACAGACGAACAAAUUUAAUACUUAGCAAAAAGGACCACUAAAAACUACACAUAAAUACACAGAUGGAGCGUCACAUAUUUUGUCACAUAGGACACGAGCACUUGAAGAUGAGUACAUACGUACUUGUACUUGACGAUUACCCAUUUCUCGUAUAUUUCUAUCACUACGAUUGCACUCUCUAUAACUUCUACUAUUCCUAACUGUUCAUAAUACUGCUUUUGGUGUACUACCAUCACUGUUACUAUCGAUACCAUGCACCCAAAAUAUGACAAACGCCAACACAUCAAUAGCUGCUCAUUGAACUAACAAACGUACGGUUAUGUCACGCAAAUAAAGGGUAACCUCAUCUAAUACUCCUAUCUUUGUAUUAGAACUAGCUCUAGUCCAAAGCGGGGUGUACUUUAUAGAAGAAUUGUGAAAUGUGAACAAAUAGUACAGACACUCCGCCAAACCACAAAUGAAUUACUGCGGAAACAGGGUUUAUGUUUUUGUUGUGUUAAAGCUUAGGGCUGCGUUAAUAAUUUGUUGUAGGAACAUCUUCCUCUAGUACAACAGCAAACCAUGCGGCGUACGGAAGUAAAUGGCACAAGAAUUCAGAUCAUAUAACAAAAUAUUAUGUAGUUUACCGUAUCCGCCGGAUAGAGUUAAAUAGCAAUGCAGAGAGUAAUGGGUCUCGCCGCAGAUGCGCUCUGUUGCAACCGACUAUUAUGAAACGUAAAAGCUACUGACGCAUGCAUAUAUAAAACAUACCUAAUAACACGAAACGUGGUGGCGCGAGCGCUUUUCUCAUUUACAUAUCUUGAAAAUUAUUCAGCACAGUAAUAUGUAAACAAAGCAACAAUCCAUUAUUACUAAUUACAAUAUGGAGUCAGCGUGGGGAUACAAAUCGGUAUUUAUUUUAAUAAAUAAUAUAAAUACGAAACAGGCGAACCACACAAACAUGGCUAUAGCAGUACAUAUAUCGGAAAUUAUACGAACAUAUAAUGCGAACUAUAGUAUAAAUAUUGCGAUAGAUUAGUCAACCUAAAGAUAUAUGCUAUUCAUGAUUACCAUAAUUAUUACGCUAAUUUAUCCUGCUAGUCAUAGUUUAUGGUCAAACGAGAUGUGUAGGAUAACGACAAAUAUGAAUACCACCAUAAAUAUCUACCUAAUAAACAAACAUAAUCACGUUAAUAUGAAGUACAUCAAAAUAAUGUAUAGCUUAGUACAACAUAACAAAUUCGAAAAAGGCAACAGAAUGUUUAACUGUCUCAAUUCAUGAGAUAGCUCAUUUUUGAAAACGAACAACAUCAUACAAAAGCUUAUAGUUCAAAGGAAGAUGUUUGUCAAACAAUAACCAAAAAGAGCAAGCGAGGCAUCUGCUGUAAUAAUAAUUUCCGUUCUGCUGACCUAGACGACGGUCGGGCCGGCAUUCGUAUAAAGCUAAUUUAACAAACACACAACACACACACACAACAAAGACAAAUGUGGUAAUGGCGAAAAACUAACCUGGUGAAUAUUCACACUUUGUUACAUGUUAUUGUAUGAAAUUAUCAAACCAAACAACAACAACAACAACAAUCUCGACCCUAAACAUUAUGUGUGCAAACAUAGUUAAAGUGAAAUAAAACCUGUUGAAUGCGUAAUGUCAACAAAACAAUCA